AUGAAGAUGGCUACAACACACCCACGCACGAUACCUUAUCUCACAUCUCCAACGAUGAACUUUGACCUGCCGAGCUACUCGAGCAUGACCGACAGUCGAGUGGGAGUGUGUCCCUGGAAAGGAGGCACGUACAUCAUCCGCGACCCCGAGACCAAGCUCGUCAUAGCCCUAGAGAAGGGUAUCUUGGGCUUGUACCCAGAAGCAAGCGUAGUGGAGAGCAUAUACCAGUUCGGUCGUGGCAGUCACUGGCACUGUGUGGAGAACGACCGUAUGUGGCUCGGCUUCUAUAACGCAGUCUCGGGUACAUAUAUUGGUCAUGAUAAUCGGAAGAGCAACUGGCGCUUCCAGGCUAAGGCAGAGCGGCAUGAUGAGUGGGAGUGGUUUUGUGCGCGGCAGCACCCAGAUGGUGGUCACGUCUUGCUGGUGAAGCACUGGGGUGAGUUUCUGCCGAUGAGAAUCGGGGGGAAAGAUAACCGGGAGUUAAUGGUGGAUGCGAAACGAGAGGGUGGCACUGUUUGGGAGUUUAUCAAAGUUGAUUUGGAAAAGUGA